CGCCAGACGCAGCCUCGUGUUCGGGGCGCCCGGACGUGGCGCUUACCUGGGUCACCCGAAGCCGUACACCUCUGGCCUCGUCCGGCACACGCCCUUGGUGCCGCCCUGGGGUGACCGACGCGCAAACAUCAUCGCUCAUCACCUGCGUCUGAAGGAUCCUGAGGAGAUAUGCAAAAGCCUAAGCAAGGAUGCCGUGUGGAUCACCAUCAUGAGGGAUCCCUCGACCUCCUUCCAGUCUAUGUUCUCCUACUAUAACCUGGAGGAUGAGCUUCGCACGCCCCUCCUCCGCCUCUUGGAUUACCCUCGCACCAAGAUGAAUGCCUUCCCGCGCUACUUCGACCGCAUCGGGAGGAAUCAGGUGCUCUUCGACCUCGGAGUGGAGCCAGAGGACUUCGACUCCGCGGGCGUUGUGGAGGAAACCAUUAGGAAGGUGGAGCAGAACUUCCACUUGGUUAUGAUCGCCGAGUAUAUGGACGAAUCCCUCAUCCUCCUGAAGGACUUGCUGGGACUGAAGAUGCGUGACCUGGUGACCCUGAGACAGAGGGUCCGCCUCCGCCCCGGCAACGCCACGCAGGAAGCCCUCGAUCCGCGAAGGAGCGCCAAGCUGAGGGACUGGCUUCGGGGAGACCACCGGCUGCACCAGCACUUCACUGCGCGGCUGCUGGAACUCGUGGCACACUUCGGCAGGACUCGGAUGGACAAGGAGGUCGCUGAACUGAGGGCCUUGCGCGAAGACACGAGGAGGAGGUGCGGCGUGUCGGAAUACGCCAUGAGAGAUGACUCCAUCAGGAGCUACGGCAGGAAGGACCUCCCGCUUCUGGUGGGCUACAGGGGCACGGGAUCCAGCCUCUUCUGCAGGGCGCUGGUCAAGCCGAACGUCGCGCUGACCAGAGAGGUGGUACGGCGGCAGUUUCUGAGAUAUUUUCAAUAUUACUUCGGUGACGAGAAGUACGAGUUCUUCCCCGAGCCGUGAGGAACUGCCUCCGUGUGCACUUUUAUCGUAAAUAAAUUGUUCAUUUAUACUUUUACGACGUUU